AAACUAUAAAAUUAAAGCUGUAAUAAUAAGUUGUUUUCUUCUGACAUUAAGGUUUUUUAUCAUUAUUCAGAAAACAUAACUUUAUAAAUCAGCUCUGUCAUCUCUAAGUGUAAAUUAUGAUUAAAUACUUGGUCUUAAGCCACAUAAAGACAAAUACCUAUUUCAGGAAUGAAUAAGUGGCAUGCUUAUUAAUCCUGUGUCUAUUCCCAUAACUAACUGUUCAGUAAGACGCUUCACUUAAUCAUCACUUUUACACCGUAAUGAAAUUCUGGAAUUUCAUAAAUCUUAUUUUACACUGGGGAAUAAAGUCUGCUAACAUCUCAUCGUAUGUAUUUCAAAACUAUAUAUAUCUUUAAAAUUGAUUUACAAGCUAAUUUCUACAAAAGACCUAGGCUUUAUAGAUCAUUAUAAUUCCUUAUAAACUGAAAAUCAAAACCCUCUUUGGGACAGUUCUGUUAAUGAUAAGUUAGCAUAAUAAGCUAGUGUUGGGGAGUCUAAGCCUCACUCAAGCAUAAUUAUAUCUGUAUUACCUCUUCUUGGACCAGAUUUGUUUUUGAAUCUAUUAAAAAUCCUCAGUGUUUACAAUCCUGCAGUUCUUCCAGGUUCAAGAAAAACUCUUGCAAACAGCUCUUGCAUAUGUCCAGAAAGAGACAUAUAUAGCACAGUUCUUUGCAAUACCAUUUACAAUAGCAAAAAUUGAUAAUAGCAUCAAUCUAUCAGUAGGAGAAUAGAAGUACAGUGAAAUGCUGUAUACCAUUUAAAAUGAACGAGCUAUAUGUAUCAACAAGGAUAAUCAGAAAUGUAAUGUUGAUUUUAAAAGCAAGAUGUAGAAUAUACAUAUAUACGUAGUUUAGAAUAUAUAAAGCAAUAUCAUGUAUAAUUUAUGAAUGCAAAGAUGUAAAAACAUUCAUAAACACCAACCUCAGAGUAGUACUUACCUCUGAGAAUAAGGGAAAAGGAAGGGGCUUUACCUAUAAUAAUAUAUUUCUUUUAAAAAACUUCAGCAGAAUAAUGGUGAAAUAUUAGAAUCAGUAAAUUUGUGUAAUGGGAACAGUAACACCACCAACUUUUAACAGGCAUGAAUUUGAGUAAAUUCCGGGGGAUAGUGGAGGAUAGAGGAGCCUGGUAUACUGCAGUCCAUGGGUCCACAAAGAGUCAGACACGAUCUAGUGACUGAACAGCAACAACAAAAAUAUCUAUUCUCUUUUCUGUAUUCUUAAUUUAUGGGCUGUAAUUUAUACUGUCGCAAAUUACAGAAGCUGGGUCAUUUUACAAAGCAUUAUUGGCUGACUGGUUAUCAUUUUAACUAAUCACAUUUAACCAACCACAAGUUAAAUUUGAAGAAAAUAAUGUGGUAAUUAUCAAUAUUGUAAGAAUUUUGGAAGCAAACUCUUGAUUCAGAUUCUAGCUCUUUGAUUUAUUAACUUUGUGACGCAUGGCAAAUUUACUCUUCUAUAGCCUAUUUUCCCACCUAAUACAUGCAUGGUUGUUGUGAGGAAUAUAUUAUUUAUAAAAUGGUUAAUGGCAUUUGAAAAAUGUAGUUCCUGUACUGCUGAGCCGUGCCCCAAGGCCGCAGGUGCAAGCCUUGCACCAAGGCCACAGGAGCAGGACCCAGAACCAGGGUCGUCUCCAAAGCUAAUUGAGCCCCUUUGUAACUGUUGCCAAGAGCCCCCUGAUCAUCACCAACAAGCUUCCUGACUCCAAAUUAGGCAAAGAUGCCCACUCCAGUAAACACCUAUAGCGCCCCAGCCAAUCACCUAACAACAGCCUACCCGUAGGAAUUUCCUUUAUCUUCAGGCUAUAAAAAUGGGCUGUUAGCUCACGAAAACUGUUGACUCUCCCUAGUCCGUUAGGAGGUCAGUCCACUGCGCUUGCAGUGCCCAUAUUAUCUCUGCUCUUUGUUCUUAAUAAACUCACUCCCUUCUGAAAUGCUCUGUGUCUGGAAAUUCUUUUCCAACCUGCACUUGGACUGCCUCAACAGGUACCUUCACUUAACCCUCAGUGCAGCUUAUGAUGCCAUUCUUGAAAGAAACGUUGCAAUCAAGAAGUUAAGUCGGCCAUUUCAGAAUCAAACUCAUGCUAAGCGUGCUUACAGAGAGCUAGUUCUUAUGAAAUGUGUAAAUCACAAAAAUAUAAUUGGCCUUUUGAAUGUUUUUACACCACAGAAAUCCCUAGAAGAAUUUCAAGAUGUUUACAUAGUCAUGGAGCUCAUGGAUGCAAAUCUUUGUCAAGUGAUUCAGAUGGAGCUAGAUCAUGAAAGAAUGUCCUACCUGCUCUAUCAGAUGCUGUGUGGGAUCAAGCACCUUCACUCUGCUGGAAUUAUUCACCGGGACUUAAAGCCCAGUAAUAUAGUAGUAAAAUCAGACUGCACUUUGAAGAUUCUUGACUUUGGACUGGCCAGGACCGCAGGAACUAGUUUUAUGAUGACACCUUACGUAGUGACUCGCUACUACAGAGCACCUGAGGUCAUCCUAGGCAUGGGCUACAAAGAAAACGUUGACAUUUGGUCAGUUGGGUGCAUCAUGGGAGAAAUGAUCAAAGGUGGUGUUUUGUUCCCAGGUACAGAUCAUAUUGAUCAGUGGAAUAAAGUUAUUGAACAGCUUGGAACACCAUGUCCUGAAUUCAUGAAGAAACUACAACCAACAGUAAGGACUUAUGUUGAAAACAGACCUAAAUAUGCUGGAUAUAGCUUUGAGAAACUCUUCCCUGAUGUACUUUUCCCAGCUGACUCGGAACACAACAAACUUAAAGCCAGUCAGGCAAGGGAUUUGUUAUCCAGAAUGCUGGUAAUCGACGCAUCUAAAAGGAUUUCUGUAGACGAAGCUCUCCAGCACCCGUAUAUCAAUGUCUGGUAUGACCCUUCUGAAGCAGAAGCUCCACCACCAAAGAUACCUGACAAGCAGUUAGAUGAAAGGGAACACACAAUAGAAGAGUGGAAAGAAUUGAUAUACAAAGAAGUUAUGGACUUGGAGGAAAGAACCAAGAAUGGAGUUAUACGGGGGCAGCCCUCUCCUUUAGGUGCAGCAGUGAUCAAUGGCUCUCAGCAUCCAUCGUCAUCGUCGUCUGUCAAUGAUGUGUCCUCAAUGUCAACAGAUCCGACUUUGGCCUCGGAUACAGACAGCAGUCUAGAAGCAUCAGCUGGGCCUCUGGGCUGCUGUAGAUGACUACUUGGGCCUUGGGGGGUGGGAGGGAUGGGCAGUUGUUUAGUCAUUGAUAGAACUACUUUGAAAACAAUUCAGUGGUCUUAUUUUUGAGUGAUUUUUCAAAAAUGUUGAAUUCAUUUUGUAGUAAAGUAGUUUAUUUUUUUUAAUUUCAAGUGAUGUAAUUUAAAACUUAAGUUGUGUUUUAAAACAGCAACAGAACUGUGUAUUUUUGCUGUAAUUAACUGUAUAAUGUAAACCUAAUUAUUUUAUCAUGGUUUAAAACUUUUGCAUAUUUGCUUUAUCUUAUGCUGCUGAUUUUUUUUUUUUUUACUGAAUUUGUAAGAUUUUGUUUAUCAAAGCAACUAUUAUGUGGUGACUUGCCUAUAUCCUGAAUUAUUUAAGAUUUUAUAGUUUUUUUUAUUAGAUUUUAUUUCAAAUGUUUUGUUCAUGAUGCUAUAUCCUUUAGGGUUAUGUGCUUAUCAAUGAAAUAACCCCAGAGGAGUGAGGGAAAAUAACCUGUAGCCAGUUAUAUUCAGGAAUAACUACUGUAAAUGAUGAACGUGUUUUAAAAAAGAAAAAAACCUCCAAUAUUUGCUACUUGCCAAUUCUAAUUUAGUUACAUACAAUUGAUAGGUAAUCCUAUGUGAGUUUUGGCAAAAGCCCCAUCAUCUAAAUGGCAGAAUAACUCAGAGCAUGUCUUUGAAAGUGUUGGGCAUCUACCACCACCUUCCUAUCCCCAUAUCCCACCCACCAACAGUACAGUAAGAGAAUAUGGUGUUUUCUGCACAUCUGUGGCAUGCUCAAAGCUUAUGAUCACUAAAGUCAAGAGGAUACUUCAUGAAUAAUACAUUUCAAUGCAAAUAAACAGAUGGUUCACCUUUACUAGCUAUGAGCCUGUUUUUGUAUACACUGAGUUGAUCUACUCAGGCUGUAGGUCCUAGCAAUGACCUGGAGUCUGGUCUUUCUCUUUCCUACAGCCUCGGGCCCUUAGACCUAUUCAGUUUCCUGUUAGAGUGUCAGUCAGUCGAGCACCAGUUCUCAGGGUGUUUCUGGCCAUUUGAUUCUACCUGUGGCAUAAUCAUAUUUAUACGAGCUGUUGGGAGGUCCCAAAGCCUACUUAGACUUCUGUAGGUGAUGUAUAAAGUGAGCAAUACACCGUUCAUCUGAGAAUAGUAGCGCACAGCCAUAUGUAGGCACCAUUUUCUAAGGACUUUUCUUCAUAUUGAGCAGAGCAGGCAUGAGUGGUAGUCAUUUAGUCUGAGUCUUUCAUUUUUUUUAAUACCUGAUUUUCAAUAAAACACACCAUGUGGAUGUUGAAUAGUGUAAGAAUGGUGCUGCUCCUGACAGUUGUAUGUUAAUUGUUUACAUUUUAUAUCUGCAAAAUUAUUUCUCUAUAACAGAAUUUUUCUUAAGUAAAAUGUCAUUGAAGUCUCAUCUCUGAAAUAUGUUGUCUGUAAUGCCCCAGGCACUUUUUCUUAUUUUUGGAACAAGAGGGAUUUCUUGUAAUGAACUGGGAAAUGCAUACUUAAAUAAGCAAAAAGUUCUAGGCAGAAAGUCCAAUGGAAUUAAUUAAUGACCAGCGGGAGUAGGAACUGGUGCGAUUCAGCGUGUGGCAUAUGAAAGUCCACUUGGCAUGGUGUUCAUGUAUUCAGUGAAAAAUUCCUUUUGAAUAAGGUAUUUUAGGUCAUUGUUAAUGUGCAAUAUUUAGGAUCAAAAUACAUCAACAGCCAUUUUAUAUGCUUUGAAAUAGUAAGAUUGUUUUUGAUUGUUUAAGCCAUGAUUUCCAGCCUCUUUUGAAGUAGCAGUCUUUUUAUUAAUUCCUUUUCUACUCGUAUGACAGGGUGCAUUAAUUUUAUUAGGCAAAAUAAAGUUUUGAGACUAUAACACCUCUUGAAUUGUAGAAAUAGGAUUGGAUUUGCAGUUUCAGGAGAAUUUGAGCACGACUGUGUUAAGUUUUGAUUAGCUUGACAGUUAAGCAGCUUUAUUUCUGUAGAGUAGAUUAUUUCACUACUGCACUUUAACAGCUGCCAUGCUCCCAGAAGACUCCCUUCGUCUCCUGUCUCCUUGCUGAUAAGCCAUCUCUUGGUACAGGUGUUGGUUCAGCAAGGAAAACCAGGUGUUUCAACAGUAUCAUUUGUUGUAAAUGCCAGCUCCACUUGCCAGCCAGCAUGUUUCAGUUGAUUCAGAGAAAACAAAACUCUUAAUAGUCAUGUACACUUAAGAUACGUCCUGAAAACAGUCUAAGUGUUGUGUGCUCUGGGUUUUUAAAAUGCAGUAUCUCAAUACAACUUUCCCUCUAACUGUGUUAAAUAAACUAAAGAUGGGCUAGUUCUUUUUAUUUUUAGAAGUUUUUGAACCUUUAAAACAUCUUAAACACUUUUUAAAGAAAUGGAAAUAAGAUUUCUGUCAAGCAGUACUUAUGUAAAACCACCUUGCUUGUCUUAUAACUUUGGAUUUUCAACUUUAUAUACUUAAUAUACCCAUGGUCUUACUGUCAGAAAAUUAUUUAGACCAAGAUUUAUUAUUCAGCGUUAUAGGUUAGGAAAGUAAUUCUUUCUGUGUAUUUCUUCCUGGUUACUAUUCUGUUACCCUCUAAUAUAAACUGACCAUUUGUUAAAUGAUUGUAUUGUUGGGAUUGCUUAAUUAUAAUAGACAUAAACAGAGCAUCUCAACGCUUUCAUACUAUUUGCUGAACAGUUCUCAUUUUGUUAUACAGCCUCAGCCGCUGAUUGUUCCUGGUAUGCACGCCCUAUGUUGGUGAAAGCACAGUGUAUUCACACCAGACUUCCUAAGAGAAACACCAGCCUCUUAAGUGAGAAGGCUGUCACACAACCCCCUUAACAAUAGCAAGACGCUUGACUGCAUGUAAAAUGGCAGACUUUCCCACAAGCCCUUUUGUUAUUUUUUUCCACGCUGAUCCUACUGUGCUGUCUAAAAAGGUGAAGGUGAAGAGGAUGUGGAUAUCUGAUAGUGCGAUCAGCAGCAGGCGAGUGAAGCCCUUUGAGUUACAGAUAAGACUUGGUGCACACCACCGGCCAGUAUGUGCCACGCUAUGAAGAUGUAACUAGUUGUUGCCUAGACAUAAGCCUGUACAACAUUUUGAGGUAAAAACAUAGUCUGUUUUCAAAAAUCCUGUUGUAGUUUGUUUGUGAGUGUUGUUCACUAGUCACACAUUAGCUGUAGAGUGAAUGCAUGAUGCCCCGUGACCCCAGGAGACUCGCCAGUAGGAAAGCAGACACCAUUGUUCUCUCAUUAGCAGCCCUCUUAAGUGUUGCCUCUGGAUCCUGUACAUUUCGGUAUACAUUGUGUUUCUACUGAUCUCUCUUAGGUUUUUCCUGAAUGAGAGGAAACUAAUUUUUCCUGAGUAGCAUGAAAGAUGGAGGGGUAAAGGGCAUUGAAGCAGAAAUGUAUAGUUUGGGGUAUGAUUAAAAACUGGUAAGGAAAAAAGGUCCUAAUUAGUUUCAAACUAAUUUGCUCUUAGUUAAGUGCUCUUAAGGAGAGUCUAGUAAGAGUAACACUUCCUGGCCAUUUCUGAUUUAGAUUCUCUUCGUUACUGAAACUUCUGAGAAAUAUUACCUGUGGAUUACUUUUGCACAAUGUUCUAUUCUCACAGUAACUUACGAAUUAAACUAGGUUUUUAUUGAACUACCUCACACUAAUUUUCUAUGCUUUCCCAAGUAAGCAGUUGCCCUUACUGUUAGAUCUUCACUGAGUGUGAAUUAUGUGUGUUAAGUACUUUAUAGCCAAUGUCAACACUAUACCAAUAAGUAUGUAAAAUAUAUACCUUGCAUCAGUAAGAGAGACUCACCUGUAAAAUCUUUCACUAUGUAUCUUCGAAAAUUGUGUUAGAUGUGCUCGUUGGACAUUAUUACUGUCUGUUUUUGUAAGUAGAAACCUGCUCGUGAUAUCAGUCCAUUCUUUACAUUUUACAAAAGGAAUAAAUCUUAGUAAAUUUUACGAAGAAAUAAAUUACUUUUGUAGGCCCGAUAUUUGGUAUAUUUUUGAGAAGCUCUUAAUCUUUUAGCCGAAUGAUGAAGUUAAAACUGAACUAGCUGUCUACCUGGACUGUGACAUCUAUUUUCUCAUAGUUUAUCCUGUUCAACAGGUUUUGAAACCUGAAACCUAAGUAUGAUAAUUGACAUUUGCUUUUCUCCCUGUGUGAUGCCAUUCCUUCUUCAUUCCUCUCCCUUCCCUGUGUUCCAUUCCCUCUCCUCUCCCCUCCUCUAGACAAAACAAAAUGGGGCACUUUGUAGGGAAUGCUGAGAUAAUAAUUGUGGUUUUUAAUCAUUCAUGCCCUAGUCAUUAAACAUGCACCACUGGAAUGUAAACAAUGUUAUCUUAGUAUGUUAAUUGGUUAUAAUAUUUUAAAUAAAAAAGAAAAAAGUGAUAUGAAAA